AUUCGGAAUGAAGUUUUCUUUGGGGGCCGGGGGGUUGCGCGCCCUGUACCUGGUAGUGUUUCUGUUUCUGUGAUGUAGAGAAAAGCACGUACGAUACCGACGUUAUUUCGGAUGGAGACGACCAAAUGAACAAGCCCAAAAAAUCACACUGCGGAAGAUUCUGUUCGGCGAAGGUCAUGACACCUAUUGUUGCGGUCCACAAGUAGGUCGAUUAGUGGAUACAUACCGUGUUUCAUAUCUAGGAAAGAAUUGUGAUAGAUGCCGCCUGCACAAUCUUACCCAUUCCCGAGAAGGUUCAAUCUCCUAGUUGCUUUCUAUUCCUUAUUCACCUACGCAACGACCGUCUUCUGCGAUCCCAAGUCAUCAAGAAAGGGCUGCAGCUUGUACCGUUUGUCGUCGACAUCGAAGGAUGUUGACAUCAUUCAGAACGAGACGGACGCUGAUGCCAUGUCAUCAGGACAAAAACCAGUCUCGGUAUCAAGCAUGAUGGGCGCGAAAGCACUUUUUCGCCAGGGUAGUUCCCCUGUCGUUGUAACCAGCGACGAAGUAAUCGGCGGCGGGGAUAUCAACGAGAAGAAGCGUCUCUACGGCAGAAAGUCGUUACAGCAAGACAAAGGAAUACCAUUAUCGCCGCCACAGGUGGAUAAAGCAAACAAAAAAAGCGCUGACAACUCAGAAUCAUCGUUUUACGAUCCAGUUCAACAUCGAUCGCACUUGUUCCACGCAAUCGAGGGACUCAACCGGUACCCCAACUACCUCUCUCGAUGGAAUGAAAAGGAUGUCGAAACGCUGGAACGGGCUCUUGAGGACACUCUGGCACGAGUUCGAGACCAAAAAGCAAAAAAAAAUGAUCAGCAUCACACCAUCCAACAGAUUCUGGGAGAUUUCUUUCGAGAACAUCCCGAAUGGAACGAGUUUUCGGCCCUGCCCGAGUCUUGGGAGGAUCUCCGACAGAAAAUACUGCACCCAAAAGCUACCAAGGCAAUUUUUCAAUCCAAGGUUUUCCGCAAAAACAGGGAUGGGGAUGGUAUUUCCUUGCAGGAUGUCCUUUCCGGAAGAGAACCUAUAGCAUUGGACACGUGCUAUCUACAAGAAUGGAUGGACGAAGAAAUGUUUGAUGUUUACUCCUUCCCUCUCCUGUCGAAGGCAUUUUGCAACAAACUGUGUCUGUAUGCAUCCACGAUAAUGUCAUUCAUAGAAUCGUCGCCGAGAUCAUUGGAUUGUCCUGUUAGUACUAGUUACUUUUUGAAGGAUAUGGACAAUCUUGGGUUGGGGUGGUUGAAUGAUCUCAUUUUCCACUUGGUGCUGAAGCCUAUUUCUGCCCAGCUCUACAACGACACAGAUCUGAACGGUAGUGAUCUCGAUUGGCGACAAGGAUUUAUUGCGGCAUAUAGCAGUAUCCCAUCGUCUUUAAAACCUCGCCAACGUCUGGUCGCUCACACCGAUGAUUCAGAAGUAAGUUUAGAACGGAAUCAAGGCAUCCCGUGGAAAAUGUUUGUUGUCGCCAUCUAAUCCCUAAAACAAUCUCACUUGUGUGCUGUGUUGUUAUAUCCAACUAUUAUUCAGGUCACCCUGAAUCUCUGUUUCGGCGAUCAAUUCACUGGGGGUGAUCUCCGGUUUUGGGGUGUAAGAGGAGACCAUACAGCGGGAAAGUUCGUCGGAGAAUACAGACCCGAGAUUGGACGCGCCGUCGUACAUUCUGGCAGGCAUCUCCACGAAGUUACCGAGAUAACCUCCGGCAAUAGAUUUGCUUAUAUUCA